UCUGUCUUUUGCAGGCUGGUAUCCAUUUUAGGACCUCGCCUUCACUAAAAGUUUACAUUUCAAACUUGAUUCUUACAGUUCUAGGGGAGGUAGUCCUCCGAGUUACUUGCAGAAUACAUGUCUUUGUUAAUCUUUGCUUUCUUGGACAGCUUUUCCUGCUUACAUCUUUUAGUUUGCUGGCUGAACUGUUUCUUGUUUUGGAGCAUUAUUUGGUCUGAUCUGCCUAAAAGAAACUGUAAAACACUCUUCGGUCUGUCCAGGCUUGGAACAGAUCUCUACACUGACUUCGUGAAGUUGGGGAGCCAGCCAGAGAAGUCCUUGUGCCUGUACCAACAAGGGCCAUAUUUUGUUCUUUGCUCAAGUUAUGAGCAUAGGUGGCGGUGGAGACAGAGGCUCACGCUACCCUUACAGGAAGAAUCCCAACUGGAGUGCCAGUCAUUGCCAGAAUUCUUUUGUUUCUGAUUAUAACAAUUCUUUGUAUAAAAGUACUCAAGUAGAAUUUCUCAGAGGUCAUCGAGCAGACGCUUACUUAGAACUGCAGAAUCCUGGAACCUCUGCAGUAAGAAAUACAUUGAGUUAUUCAGCGUUCUGUAACCGUGUCCAACCAUUCAGUUCCAGCAGUAACAGGUACAGUCAGAAAAUUAAUGCACUUUCCUCCAGUCUCCAAAAACUGAGCCUUGGGGUCAUUGAUAAAGAAGAUAUUCUGACUGUUUUAAAAGAACAAAGGGAACCGCUUACUGCUCGUUCUAUUUGUAAACACCUUGGAAUUAAUAAAAAACAAGUUAAUCAUCACUUGUACAGACUAUUGAAAACAGGGCAAGUUGAAAAAAUUGAGGCAGCCCCACCUCUUUGGAAUAGUGUAACAUCUACAUCAACAGUCCAGUAUUCUGAUAGACAAGAAGGAGUAGAGAGAUCAGUUAAUAAAUAUUCAGAGCAGCAGUCUUGUGAUUGUUUAUACAGUGACAAAUCAGAAAAAGAAGAGGAGACAGAGUUAGACAUGGCAGAAUUAAAAGAAAAGAUAUGUGAAUAUCUAUUAAGUGUUGACAGUUCUUCAGCACUUAAUAUUGCUAAGAACAUUGGCUUAAAGAAGGCCAAAGAUGUCAACAAUACUCUCUAUAAUUUAGAGAAGCAAGGUGAUGUACGUAAGGAAAAUUCAAACCCUCUUACGUGGGCCUUAUCUGACAAAAAACGUCAGAGACUGGAGAAGAGAAAGAAAGUGAUUGAGAAAAAGGAUGACAGUGUCGAGGAAGAGAUGAAAGUAGAGGAUAAAGAUGAUGAUGAAGAAGAGAUGAAAGAAGAGAUUUCUGUCCUCGCAGAAACUGACGUAGCAUGUAGCAGUGCAGAAGCCACUGAUAAUGUAGCGAAUGGUCAAGUUGUGAAGCAUGAAAAUGAAGUAGAGAAUGGUAGUGUAAAAACUCCUCCUGUUGAUGCUGGAGGUGAAAAGGGCAUUGACCUGUCAUCUCCUGGUUUGGACUGUGAUACACUUCAAAAUUGUCAGUGGGCAUCUGAUGACAUUCCAGUAGGCUUAAAUGUAAUAGAUCCACAUACGGUGGUGCUCCCAGUAAUGUCUUCUGACCUGGUUGCCCCUAAAACAGAAGAAGAACUCAAAAAGGAAGAGCUGCAGAAGCUGAUUGCUUGCUAUGAGAAGAAUCCUAUUAGUGGACUUAUGGAGUAUGCUCAGUAUUCUUUAAAGUCAUGUGAAUUAAUUUUGCUUCAGCAGAGUGGUCCAUCCCACCAACCAAGGUUUAGAAUGCAGGCAAAGAUUGGUGGACAAAUAUUCCCUGCUGUAGAAGCAGCCAGUAAGAAAGCAGCAAGGAAGGAAGCGGCAGCUGUUGCCUUAAGGAUUCUUCUGAAAGAGAAAGGAUAUGAUAUUGAGAUCGAUGAGCCAAAACUUGAUGAAUCAUGUGACACUGACCUUGAAAUGGGUACAGAUAAUACACCUGAGAAGCAAGCCCCAGCGGAGCCAACCCUGCCAUCCUUGCAAGAAGGAAAAAAUCCAAUCAGCAUACUAAUGGAAUAUAGUCAGAAGUCUGGUAAUCUCUGUGAAUUUCAAAUUGUUGCACAUGAAGGACCACCUCAUGAUCCCAAGUUGAUCUUAAUAGCGAUGGCAACUCGCAACGAGUUGUACCACCCAGUUUGAAGCAAGAAGGUAUGGAGGCAUCUGGCAUUGGAGACUUAAUAAAUUACCUUAAUAAGAAUCCAAUUAGCGGCUUGCUGGAAUAUGCACGUUCAAAAGGUUUUGCAGCAGAGUUGAAACAAAUUGACCAGUCAGGGCCACCUCAUGAUCCCAAAUUUGUUUACCAGGCAAAGGUUGGUGGCAGAUGGUUUCCAUCAGUAACAGCAAGUAGUAAAAAACAAGCAAAACAGGAAGCAGCCGAUGCUGCAUUACGAGUUCUAAUUGGAGAGGCUGAAAAGGUGGCACGCACAGGGGAAACAAUUUCUGAGCUUCCAAUUUCUGGGAGCACAUUUCAUGAUCAGAUAGCCAUGCUGAGUCACCAACGCUUCAAUAGUCUUACUGCACGUAUCCAGCACAGUCUUCUGGGAAGGAAGAUUCUGGCAGCUAUCGUUAUGAAGAAGAAUGGUGACGAUAUGGGGACUGUAGUCAGUCUUGGAACAGGCAAUCGGUGUGUGAAAGGAGAAGAGCUAAGCUUGAAAGGGGAAACUGUUAAUGAUUGUCAUGCAGAGAUCAUCGCGCGCAGAGGGUUCAUCAGCACUGCUCCCUGUGGAGAUGGAGCUCUGUUUGACAAAUCUUGCAGUGAACCACCUGCUAUAGAAGGAGACACCAGACACCGUCCACUUUUUGAAAAUAUUAAGCAGGGCAAAUUGCGCACAAAAGUCGAGAAUGGGGAGGGAACUAUUCCUGUUGAGUCCAGUGAUAUUGUACCAACAUGGGAUGGAAUUCAACAUGGCGAAAGGCUCCGCACUAUGUCCUGCAGUGAUAAAAUUUUGCGGUGGAAUGUACUGGGUCUACAGGGAGCACUGCUGUCUCACUUCAUUUAUCCUGUCUAUCUCCAGUCUGUUACUCUAGGUUAUUUGUACAGUCACGGUCAUCUGACACGAGCCAUUUGCUGCAGAAUGUCAAAAAAUGGGGGAACAUUCAGUGGACUACUUCCCAAACACUUCAGAGUCAACCACCCUCAGGUUGGUCGUGUUAGUGUGUAUGACUCUGCAAGGCAUACUGGGAAGACCAAAGAGUCCAGUGUGAACUGGUGCCACCCUGAUGAUACUGUUCUAGAAGUCUUGGAUGGAACCAAGGGCAAAGUUGAUGGGUAUGCUAGUGUCUUAACAAUUGUAAUUCAUGUUGUCACAAUUAGAAUUGCUGAAGAGACAGACCCACUUUUGCCUGAGAAAACCUCCCUAGAGACUGGCAAACCUUUCUGGCUAGGUAGAAUGGCAUUCUCUGUCCUUUCUGCCAUAACCAUCAACAGUGACUCCCCUUUACCUGACAUGGGAGCUCCAACAGCUGCAAAGGAUAUAUCUAACCCCCAGUCCAAAGCAGCUGUAGUGACAACACCAGAGCAAGCCAGGGAAAAUGAUUUCUGGUCCAAUUAA